CAAAAAAUGCCAAAAUGGCUAUUUCUUUUUCUGUUUCUGUUUUUAUAUAGGAAAAAUUUUACAAUCAGCAAAAAUCUUUGAAAGAAAAUCAAAAUUUCUAUUGGAAAUAAUUCAUCAAAAUUAAUAAGAUUGGUGUUCACGUAGAUUUCUGGUUUAAAAACAUUUUAUCAGACUGUCGGUCUAAUAAAAGCUACACAAAAAAUUUGUAACAUUUAUGCCUCCUCAGAGGAAUAUGAGUCGAGGUGGUGGUUCUGGUAAUGGUGGCCCUAGAGGCGGAUUUGGUGGUGGUGGUGGACGUGAUGGCGGUGGAAGAAAUGGUGACUUUGGGGGCGGCGGACGAGGAGGAGGCGGUGGAGGAGGAGGAGGAGGUGGCUUCGGCGGCGGUGGUGGCGGAGGCGGCUUCCGUAAUCGCAACGACGAUCGCGGAGGAAACCGUGGUGGAAACCGAAGUUUCAACAGAAGCGGUGGAAGUGGUGGCGGCGGAGGAUUUGGCGGAGAUAGACGCGGUGUCCGCACUGGACGCGUCGAGAAGUUUGGAGGUCGCGGCGAAAGAAGAUCAAGUCGCCAAAAUGAUUUCGAGCCAAUUGAUUGGUCAGCGGUCGAUUUGCCACCUUUCCAAAAGGAUCUCUACAAAGAACACCCCAAGACCAAAAACCGCCCACUUCAUGAAGUUGAAAAAUACCGAGCUGAUAACGAAAUUACCCUCAAAGGACCAGCUCCAAAUCCAAUUCAAUAUUUCGACGAAGCCUGUUUCCCCGAUUAUUGUAUGAACGAAAUUCGUAGAAGCAAUUACACAGCACCAACAGCUAUCCAGGCACAAGGCUGGCCGAUAGCUAUGAGUGGAUUUAAUAUGGUUGGUAUUGCAAAAACAGGUUCUGGCAAAACACUUGCCUUUAUUCUGCCAGCAAUUGUUCAUAUCAACGCUCAACCGCCCCUCCAACGUGGAGAUGGUCCAAUUGCUCUUGUACUUGCACCAACCCGUGAACUUGCCCAGCAAAUACAAUCCGUUGCCAAUGAGUUUGGCUCUACCGCCUAUGUGAGGAACACAUGCAUCUUUGGCGGAGCUCCUAAACAAAAACAAGCCUACGAUCUUGAGCGAGGUGUGGAAAUUGUUAUUGCCACUCCUGGGCGUCUUAUUGAUUUCCUUCUCACCGGAACAACUAAUUUACGUCGUUGCACGUAUCUGGUUUUGGAUGAAGCCGAUCGCAUGCUUGACAUGGGUUUCGAGCCACAAAUUAGAAAAAUCAUGAGUCAAAUUCGACCGGAUCGACAGAUUCUAAUGUGGAGUGCCACUUGGCCAAGAGAAGUGCGCCAAUUGGCGGAAGAUUUCCUUUGCGAUUAUAUUCAAAUCAAUAUUGGCUCUUUGGAGCUCUCUGCGAACCAUAACAUUCGACAACAUGUUGAAAUUUGUCAAGAAUCGGAAAAGGGUACCAAGCUGAAGCAACUUCUAUCCAAUAUCUACGAUGCUCCAAAUGAUCCUGGAAAGAUUAUUAUUUUUGUGGCAACGAAGAAGAAGGUUGACGAGCUUUUUAGAUAUAUUGGAGGUUUUGGAGUGCGCUGUGGCGCUAUACAUGGUGAUAAAUCACAAUCGGAACGUGAUAACGUUCUUGGUGAAUUCCGACAUGGAAGAACAAACAUACUAGUGGCCACCGAUGUUGCUGCGCGCGGUCUAGAUGUGGACGGGAUUAAGUUUGUCAUCAAUUUUGAUUAUCCACAAUCGUCGGAGGAUUAUAUUCAUCGUAUAGGACGAACGGGCCGGAAACAUUCCAGCGGUACAUCGUAUGCCUUUUUCACCAAAAAGAAUGUAAAAAACGCUCGAGGAUUGAUUGAUGUUUUGAGAGAAGCAAAUCAAGAUAUCAAUCCACAACUGGAACAAUUGGCCAGAUCUGGAGGCGGAGGUGGUGGUUUCGGUGGAGAUAGAAAGAGAUUUGGCGGAGGUGGAGGUGGUCGAGGCAAUAGUGGAGGCGGUGGCGGAGGUGGAAGAGGCUUCGGCGGUGGUGGCGGUGGAGGAUCUAGAUUUGGUGGUGGUGGCCAGAGAAGUGAAAAUGGAGGUGGAAACAGAUUUACAGGAGGCGGUGGCGGGGGAGGUUUUGGAGGUGGCGGUGGUGGAGGAAUGAAUCGAGGUUUCAAUGGCGGCCAAAAUGGUGGCAACAUGAAUGGAGGACGAUUUAAUGGCGGUGGUGGCAAUAAUGGAGGAUUCGACGGAUCUCGGAGAAACUUUCCCUCAAGAAACUAGUAUGAUUAAAUAAUUUAAAAAAACUAUAAUUUUUGUUUUCUCUCAAUUUUUCUCAUAAAACAACCCUCGUGCUAAGGCCCGAAAUUAUCCAAAAAUACCUAAUUAUUAUUUUCAAUUUUGAAUAAGUUUAUAUUCUUCCCAAUAUGUAUUUUAAUUUUUUAAAUGAAUCAAAAUAUUAUUAAAAAAGAAAAACAAAACUUCCGUAAUAUGAACAGAGUUUCAUGUUUUCCAUCUAAAAUCUAAGUUAUAUGAUUCAAUAAAGAAAUUAAUAAAAAAAAAUGUUAUACAUUUUGUGAUUUUAUUUUA